CACAUCUUCCGGUCUGGCACCAGUGGCCCGGUAUUUCACAGAUUUACGUAUUUUUUUAAUUGGUUUUACUCCGUACUCAAAGCUGUGAUUUAUUACCAGCAUUCCAGUCUUAAUAAUUCAUGUGAAUAUUGUGUCGGAGCUGUGAUUGCGAGGGUAAAACUACCGGCGUUCGUCCUGCAGCCGCUCAGGAAUAACGAGGAGAGGAGGUGUGGAUCUAACUCUGGGCUCUGUGUCAAGACUAACCAACAUCAUAAGGGAUUGGCUUUAAAAAGAAGAUAGAAAUUUACUCAUAAAGUGCUGUCUCGUAACCAUCACUGAUCUGUGUGUAAAAGAUCACACUUUUUCAUCUUCGCUACAACUGUAGCUAGGGGAAAAAAAGGUUGCUUUGCCUCACAAAAAUAUCUUACCACCUUCUCCUACAUAUACUGUGGGCAGCAGAUCAGAAUACUGAGCAAAGAAGAGACGGUCCGUUGUCUCUCUUAAGGGUUUGAUUCACCUCCAGCUUCCACUUCAUCCCCGAAGAUGAAGUUGAAGGAGGAAAUAAACCCGCUGCUCCUGCAGGUGUUUCGCUCUGUCGUUUGGGUCUACUCUGUCAUCACCUUUAUACCCUGGUACUUCUUUUCCGGGGCUGGCACCAAUUUGGAACGAGCCCGCCGGAUAAAGGCCCAGUCGGUCAGCGGACUCCCAGCUGGACCGUACAGGGCCACCAAUAGCCUGGAGAAGUUGGUAGCAUGGUUGAACCCUGGCGUGGACACACUGGACAAGAUGUUUGAAUAUGCUGCAAAGAGGUUUCCAGAGAGAGACUGUCUGGGCAGCAGGGAGGUGCUCAGCGAGGAGGAUGAACUGCAGCCAAACGGCAAAGUGUUUAAAAAGGUAAUUCUCGGGGACUAUAAAUGGCUCUCAUAUGAGGAAGCCUACCAUGUGGCAAAGUGCUUUGGCAGCGGUCUGACUGCUCUUAAUCAGAAGCCCUUCUAUAACAUCGCCAUCAUUUGUGAGACCAGAGCUGAGUGGAUUGUGGCAGCACAAGCCUGCUUCAUGUACAAUUUCCGUCUUGUGACACUCUACGCCACUCUCGGGCCCAAGGCCAUCGCUCAUGGCCUGAAUGAGACCGAAGUCACGCACAUCAUCACGAGCAAAGACCUGCUGCAGGGCCGCCUGAAGGCCAUUCUAUGUGAUGUCCCCAAGUUGCAGUAUAUCAUUGUUGUGGACAGCAAGCCUACAAGCUGGUCAGACAUGCCCAGAGGCAUCACUGUCUAUAACAUGGAGGCUGUACAAGACCUGGGAUCCAAGCCGGAAAACCUUGCAGUAGAGCGCAAACAGCCGAAGCCCUCAGACAUCGCCGUCAUCAUGUACACCAGCGGCUCCACGGGCAUUCCCAAGGGUGUCAUGAUCUCCCACGGCAACAUUGUCGCCGGCGUUGCGGGCAUGGCCGAGCGAAUCCCUAACCUCAAUCCUCCAAAAUCAAGAAAGGCAGUAAAGGGGAUACCAGUGUGCUGAAACCUACUCUUAUGGCUGCUGUACCAGAGAUCAUGGACCGAAUAUACAAAAAUGUGAUGACCAAAGUGGACGAGAUGAGCAAGUUCCAAAAAACUCUCUUUGCACUGGCUUACAACUACAAGAUGGAGCAGAUCUCCAAAGGAUACAGUACACCUCUCUGUGACAGUCUGGUUUUCAAACGAGUACGGUCCCUCUUGGGAGGUAACACACGGAUUCUGCUCUCUGGCGGAGCUCCACUAUCGGCUGCAACACAGCGAUUCAUGAACGUCUGUCUGUGCUGUCCCGUGGGGCAGGGCUACGGCCUGACGGAGACCUGUGGAGCUGGCACAAUCACUGAGGUUUGGGACUACAGCACAGGACGAGUUGGCGCUCCUCUUGUUUGCUCUGAGAUCACUCUGAAGGACUGGGAGGAGGGUAGUUACUACAGCACCGAUAAACCGAACCCCCGAGGAGAAAUUUUGAUCGGCGGGCCCAAUGUAACGAUGGGUUACUACAAAAGUAACGGCAAGAAUCAGGAGGACUUCUUUGUGGACAAGAAUGGCCAGAGGUGGUUCUGCACUGGAGACAUCGGAGAGUUCCACCCUGAUGGAUGCCUCAAGAUCAUCGACCGUAAGAAAGACUUGGUGAAACUGCAGGCGGGUGAAUACGUCUCUCUUGGAAAAGUGGAGGCUGUCCUAAAGAACUGCCCUUUUGUCGAUAAUAUCUGUGCCUACGCCAACAGUGAUGAGUCAUAUGUGAUCAGCUUUGUGGUGCCUAAUCACAAACAGCUGAUGGCCCUGGCGGAGCAGAUGCAAAUCAGUGGUGCAUGGGAAGAAAUCUGCAACAACCCCCAGAUGGAGAAAGCGGUCCUCCACAUCAUCACUGAGGCUGCCGUUUCAGGCAAACUGGAGAGAUUUGAGAUCCCCAAGAAGAUCCGGCUGAGCGCUGAACCCUGGACACCAGAGACCGGUCUGGUCACCGAUGCAUUCAAACUGAAGCGCAAGGAGCUCAAAACACACUACCAAGACGACAUUGAGAGGAUGUACGGUGGCAAAUAGCACCAAGAUCCACUCCGGGCAUCACACACCCUUAACUUGAACACACACGAGGAGCUAACCUGAACUACUCCAUGAGGACUCAAAACUUGUAAUGUAGGUAACAUGUUAUUUUACACAAAGCAGACUUCACCUUCUCUGUAACCAGCUUCGAUCAACGGUAGGAGAACAAUUUGGAGUCCAGUUUUAACUCUUYCAUUUAAAACCAAGAGGCAGAAAGAACCCUGACCAGAGAAGACCGAGCCAGCCAGGCAAAACACUAAUACAUCCCUCUGAGUUGCGAUGACGACCGACGUGGCACAUGAACUUUGGGUCUUUGCAUGACUCAAAGUGAAAAGAAUGUCAUGGUAGAUAGAUCCGAGUCCGUCUCGCCACACCAUCUUGGUUUUUCCCACCCUUCUCCCCGGCUUUCUGGAGCAUUCCACCUUUACAGCUCGGUUGUUGUUGUGUGGCACAGAUACCCGACAGGGGGCAGUGCAUAGCAUUGGCCUGACCGAGGGAACUAAGUAACUUUCAGGUCAGAAUCUUUGCAGGGAUCUCUAUUAUCUUUGUUUUAUUUUGUUUUCUUGCGUGCAUUGCAAUAUUUUGUAUGUGUUUUGGUGUGUCAGCUUUGAAACCCAUUUCUUUGUGAUGAAUCAGUGUUGCAAAGCCAUGAGAGAUUUAGGAUUAAGACGUACAUUUUAUUACUGUUAUUAUUCAGAGAAAUUCCGUCUCUUAUACGUUCUUAUUUUGUAUUUCUAUCUUUUUUGUGUUCAUACAUGUGAUGAGCUGCGUUUACAUUUUUUUUUAGGUCAUAUUCUCCUUUCAUUUUCUGGCGAGCCAAAGUCUGCUCAUUUGAGUGUAUGUUUACUUGAGUCUUUAUUCCCUGCUCGUUGGAUUGGGAUCAAAAUUUGGGGUACCUGUCAAGGCAGUGAAUCCUGUAGCACUUGUUUGUUGGCACACGCGUGUCCUGUAUUCCUGCUGUUGUGACCAAUGCACCACCUGGAUGUCUCCAAGGGAACUUAACUUGUCUUAGGAUGAAAACUUACAUUAGUUAGCCUUUCACUGAUUGCUGUUCCAGUGUGUUUUUGGUGCAGUGAUGCACGUCAUUCAAUUGAACAUAGUUACUGUUACUUUGCUCUUUUUUAAAUUUCUGAAUAUGAAAUCUAAACUGAAUGUGCAAUAUUUAUACUCCAGUUUUAAGUAUAUAAUAAGGAAGAAAGCCCUCUCUGAGGUGUAUUUAUCAGCCUUCGCUCUUAGUUGAACAAUCUUAUAGGAAAGUAGAAACAUGAGGAACGGUAGAGAGACACUGACAGCAGCGUUUAGAAGUAGCCUGUUAAAGUACUGUACUAAAGAUGGAGAUUACAAAUGAAAUAUGUGUAAAGAAUUGCAUGAUGGAAGGUGUGCAACUGUACCAAAGCACAGAAAAGAGAACAAGUUACACUCCGUUUGAGCAACUGAAGAAAUUCUGCAUGAACACACUCCAGGGUUGGGCAUAGGAUGAACGUACAGAAUGUUAAAAAGAUUUCUGUAAAUGUAAACUCRCUAGUGUGUAAGAUAACUGUAUGGUAAAUGUACAUAAGAGUCUGUACUAUAGGACUACCAGGUAUUUGAACUCAUGUAAAUCAGAAAUUGAUUGCAGUAGGUUUUUAGAUUUGUGGUAAAUCUAUAGUAAACUGCAACAUUACAAGUGACUUUCUUCAGUAUUUAAGCAUAGACUGAAGUAAAGAAUGUUAGUUUGGUCAGUGCUCCUCUGUAAAAAGUGGGCAUUUCUCUGAACUCUUGUUUUGACGGUACUCAGCACAGCUUUUAUAAAGGUACAGUAAACACCAUCUCUUCUCAGUUUCCACUGUCUUUUGCUUGUACAAAAUCCUGUUUUUUUAUUUUUAUUUUAACUCCUGACAUUUCAGUAAAACGUCAGACGCUCACCGUGUUCGCUGAUUUUUUUAAAUAUUUUUUUAUUUUUCUCUGCCUGGCCAAAGACGGCUUGUUGCCUUCCGACAAACAUAAGAUUUCUUCAGAGGUCUUGAGAAUGUGAUGCGCACCCUGCAUUUUUCUAAACCAUCACACACCGAAUACACACCACUGAAGGCAGAUUUGAAACUAGCCGAGAGGCAGACGGUGGUGGGCAAAUUUUACUUGUUUUUAUUAGCUUUGUAAAUAGGUUUUAGAGGGAAAAGGCUGAAAUAUCAAAUCUGAAUAAAACUACUCACUGUACACAUGUAAAGCCUCCUUCUAAUGUAUUUAAUACUAUUUGUUUUGGACCAGUUUUGAGGGUCACUUUUUUUUUAAGUGGCUCUGGAAGCUGAGCUUUAACUGCAACAAGUGUGUCUAUUUAUUUGUGAUUUGGCCUUGGAAAUGAUGUAAUGGAAAUAAACAAGUUUGUACUGGUAA